AAACAGCAGUUUUCUAUCCUCUUUACUGCAGCUGAACAAGCUUUAAGAGGCAUCAGGCAUUAGGGGGACUAGGAGAAAUGAGGAGCUGGUUACUGUUAUUUGAUUUUGCAGCAGAAUGUUCUUACCAGAAGUAGAGCUAUUUGAGCAGGCUGCCAGGGAAAUGAUUUGCAUUUGGUAGAACUGCCCCUCAGUUCUUGCAGCUCACACUGCCCUUGUGGCACUUUAACACUAGUCAUUUGUUGGAGGCUCUGCAUUUGAUGUUUUGAUUUUCACCAGUUGCUCUGCAGAAAAGGAUUGUGCAACAGUCGAGGACUACGAGUCUUUGGGAAGAGGAGGAAAGCAUGCAUUCAGAACUCCAAACAGGGAAGCAGUAAGAGAAGUUGCCUAAAUUAUGGAUAAUCUGCUGCAUAAAUCUGUCUUCUCCUGUUUCAUAAAGCUUCCUAUCCAUGCAUUUUGGAAACUUAUAUCGACAGUGAAAGCCAAGAGGAUUCAAGAAAAGAUGUUGCUGCAGGUGGGGGCAAAGGGAGCACUGUGAUUGCCUGGGAUCUUGGGGCAUUUCUCUCUUCACCUUUCCGCUCCCGCUCCAGCGCUGCUGUUGCUAAAGACUUUUGUAACUAUCGACUCAAGUACAAUUUCGAUGGAAAAUGAAGGUAAAGAUCUCAUCAGAGUCACUGACUUCAUUGGAGCUAAGAGGAUUUUUGCAUGCAAUUUGGUGACAACUCCUACUGGUUGCACGUCUUCAAAAAAUCCCUGAUGGUGACAAUGAGACAAUGAUUCCUGUACUGUCUUCAAAAAAAGCAAGUGAAUUGCCAGUUGAUGAAGUAGCAAGUAUUCUGCAAGCUAAUCUUCAGAAUGGCUUAAAAAACUGUGAAGUUUGUCAUAGACGGGCAUUCCAUGGAUGGAAUGAAUUUGAUAUUAGUGAAGAUGAACCACUGUGGAAAAAAUAUAUAUCCCAGUUUAAAAAUCCCCUUAUUAUGCUUCUCCUGGCAUCUGCAGUCAUCAGUGUUGUAAUGCAUCAGUUUGAUGAUGCUGUCAGUAUUACUGUGGCAAUAGUCAUUGUUGUUACAGUUGCCUUCGUUCAGGAGUACAGAUCAGAAAAAUCUCUUGAAGAGCUUAGUAAACUAGUGCCUCCAGAAUGCCAUUGUGUGCGAGAAGGUCGGGUGGAACACACGCUUGCAAGAGAUUUAGUGCCAGGGGAUACAGUCUGCCUGUCAGUGGGAGACAGAGUCCCAGCUGAUCUACGGUUAUUUGAGGCUGUGGACCUUUCUAUUGAUGAAUCCAGUCUCACAGGUGAGACAGCUCCUUGCUCUAAAUCUACAGCUCCUCAGCCAGCAGCAACCAAUGGAGACCUUACUUCUAGGAGCAAUAUUGCUUUCAUGGGGACAUUGGUCAGAUGUGGAAAAGCAAAGGGGAUAGUUAUUGGAACAGGAGAAAACUCUGAAUUUGGGGAGGUUUUCAAGAUGAUGCAAGCAGAAGAGGCUCCAAAGACUCCGCUGCAGAAGAGCAUGGAUCUCUUGGGAAAACAGCUUUCCUUGUAUUCCUUUGGUAUAAUAGGAGUUAUUAUGCUAGUUGGCUGGUUGCAAGGAAAGCAUAUCCUCGAUAUGUUCACAAUUGGUGUGAGUUUGGCUGUAGCUGCAAUCCCUGAAGGACUCCCAAUUGUGGUAACGGUGACACUGGCCCUCGGUGUGAUGAGAAUGGUGAAGAAACGGGCUAUUGUAAAAAAGCUGCCUAUUGUUGAAACUUUAGGUUGUUGCAAUGUCAUUUGUUCAGAUAAAACUGGAACUCUGACAAAGAAUGAAAUGACUGUUACCCAUAUUUUUACUUCUGAUGGGCAGCAUGCUGAGGUUACUGGAGUAGGUUAUAACAGGUUUGGAGAAGUGAUGCUCGAUGGUGAAGUUAUUCAUGGUUAUAACAACCCAUCCAUUAGCAAAAUUGUGGAGGCUGGUUGUGUGUGCAAUGAUGCCUUGAUUAGAAACAACACAUUGAUGGGGAAGCCAACAGAGGGGGCUUUAAUUGCACUGGCUAUGAAGAUGGGUUUAGAUGGAGUCCAGGAGGACUACAUAAGGAAGGCUGAAUAUCCCUUCAGCUCAGAGCAAAAAUGGAUGGCUGUUAAAUGUAUUCACAGAACACAGCAGGACAAACCUGAGAUUUGCUUUAUGAAAGGUGCUUAUGAACAAGUCAUUAGAUACUGCACAUCCUAUAACUGUAAGGGACAGAGCCUACCCCUGGUGCAGCAGCAGAGAGAGCAAUACCAGCAAGAGAAGGUGUCUAUGGGUUCUGCAGGGCUUAGAGUUCUGGCCUUAGCUUCUGGUCCUGAGUUAGGACAGCUGACAUUUUUGGGGCUUGUGGGAAUAAUCGAUCCCCCGCGGACUGGUGUAAAAGAAGCUGUUACUACGCUCAUCACCUCAGGAGUUGCAAUAAAAAUGGUUACUGGAGAUUCACAGGAAACUGCAGUUGCCAUUGCUAGUCGACUAGGAUUGUAUUCCAAAAAUUCACAGGCAAUCUCUGGAGAAGAGAUAGAUGAUUUGGAUAUUCAGCAGCUUUCUCAAAUAACACCAAAGGUUGCAGUAUUCUACAGAGCCAGUCCCCGACAUAAAUUGAAAAUUAUAAAGUCCCUGCAGAAUAAUGGUGCUGUGGUAGCUAUGACAGGAGAUGGAGUGAAUGAUGCUGUUGCUCUGAAGGCUGCAGAUAUUGGUGUAGCCAUGGGACAAACUGGAACAGAUGUUUGUAAAGAGGCAGCAGAUAUGAUCCUCGUGGAUGAUGAUUUUCAGACAAUAAUGUCUGCAAUUGAAGAGGGUAAAGGAAUUUAUAAUAAUAUAAAAAAUUUUGUUAGAUUUCAACUGAGCACGAGUAUAGCAGCACUGACUUUAAUCUCACUGGCUACAUUAAUGAACUUUCCUAAUCCUCUCAAUGCCAUGCAGAUCUUAUGGAUCAAUAUUAUUAUGGAUGGACCUCCAGCUCAAAGCCUUGGGGUGGAGCCUGUGGAUAAAGAUAUUAUUCGAAAACCUCCAAGAAAUCUGAAGGACAGCAUUCUGACCAAAAACCUGAUCAUUAAAAUACUGGUUUCAUCAAUAAUUAUUGUCUGUGGAACACUGUUCGUCUUCUGGAGAGAGUUAAGAGACAAUGUAAUAACACCACGAGAUACAACAAUGACUUUCACCUGUUUUGUAUUUUUUGAUAUGUUCAAUGCUUUGAGUUCUAGAUCUCAGACAAAAUCUGUGUUUGAGAUUGGACUUUGCAGUAACAAAAUGUUCUGCUACGCUGUCCUUGGAUCUAUAAUGGGACAGUUAUUGGUAAUUUAUUUUCCUCCACUUCAGAAGGUUUUCCAAACAGAAAGCCUGAGUGUCUUGGAUUUACUAUUUCUUCUGGGACUCACUUCCUCUGUGUGCAUAGUGACUGAGCUAAUAAAGAAGUUUGAAAGAAGCAAGGAAAAGAUCCAGAAACGUGGAAGUUCUUCAUCAACUUCAUCUUUUCUUGAUGUAUGAUGCAUAUUGCAUUCUUGUGUUUGCAGACUUAGCGAUUGCUGUCUAAAGAUGUUGGAGAAAGCAAAACACUAUCUGGAGGAUAAAGAAAUCCUGAGGGCUUUUGACAAGUCCUUUGUUUCACUGGCUAAUGAGGAACUACAUGUUUCAAGACUGUUUAGAAUUUAACUUCCAACUGUGGAAGUAACAAAUGAAAUUAUGCAACUUUGGUAACAUUUUUCCUCAAACAUAAAUUUACUUUUAAGAUUGAAUGGUAUUGUGGGGGGGAGGGGGCAGGGAUUAAUUUAAAGAAAGAUCUAAGCCCAAGUCCCAUUUUCUGCACUUAAAAGAUAUAACUGUGUAAAAUCCUUCUCUUAGAUAUAAAUAUUUUAGUUUGUUUUUAUUUAAAGCAUUGUACUAUUCUACUUUUAUGGUGGUGGGACUUUGCUACUAAUACAAGGAUAAAAAUAUUUCAGAGGCAUUCCACUGGGUUUAGAGUCUGUCACAAGAGUGCCAUAUUCUAGCUACUGUAUUUAUUUACUUUAUCCUGCAAUGUGUAAGCGGCUCAAGUACCUUGUGCUACAGUUUUUUUGUAUCCCAAAUUUGGUUAUUUUUUUGCACAGGAUGUGACCGCUGUCGGAUCACUGUUUUUCUUUUCUUUUUCUGUGAUUGAAAAGCCUAUACUGCAAUUUGAAGUAAAUGUUUGCUUUUCUUAUAA